CACCGCCCCCUUGUGGGCGUGACCAGGCCGGUGCCGGGUCCCGGGAGCCGCCGCCAUGAGUCCCGCGGCCGCCAGCCCGGCGGAAGUGGUUCGCGCGGCGCAGAAGGACGACUACUACCGCGGCGGGCUGCGGAGCGCGGCGGGCGGCGCCCUGCACAGCUUGGCGGGUGCAAAGAGGUGGCUGGAGUGCAGGAGAGAGGUGGAGCUGCUGUCGGACGUCGCCUACUUUGGCCUCACCACGUUUGCAGGCUACCAGACCCUCGGGGAGGAGUAUGUCGGUGUCAUCCAGGUGGACCCGUCCCAGAGCAGAGUGCCCUCAAGGUUGCGCCGUGGUGUGCUGGUCGCCUUGCACACCCUCCUGCCGUACCUGUUGGACAAGGCCCUGCGGCACCUGGAAUGUGAGCUGCAGGCCGAUGUCGAGGGCUCCAGGCCCUCACAGGGCAGCCUGGUCCUUGGGGGGCGUGGCCGGUCGAGGGCAAGGCACUGGGUACACCGGCAGGUGGCCCCCCUGACGGAGCCGCAGAAGAGGACCUUCCUGCAGGCCGUGAUGGUGUUGAGGCAAGGCCUCAGUGGCCUCCAGCGGCUACAUGUCGCCUGGUUCUACAUCCACGGUGCCUUCUACCACCUGGCCAAGAGGCUCACAGGAGUCACUUAUCUUCGUGUCCACUCCCCGGCUGUGGAGGACCUGAGGGCUCGAGAAAGCUACAGGCUGCUGGGGCUCGUCUCCCUGGUGCACCUGGCCCUGUCCGUGGGCCUGCAGCUGUACGGUUUCCGGCAGAGGCAGCGCGCCCGGCGGGAGUGGAAGCUGCACCGCGGCCUGUCUCACCGCAGGAGCCACAUGGAAGAGAAAGCCAUUUCCAGGAACUCCGUGUGUACGCUGUGCCUAGAAGAACGCAGACACUCCACCGCCACACCCUGCGGCCAUCUGUUCUGCUGGGAGUGCAUCACCCAGUGGUGCGACACCAAGACAGAGUGCCCUCUCUGCAGGGAGAAGUUCCCUCCCCAGAAGCUCGUCUACCUGCGGCACUAUCGCUAACCUGACCAAGGACAGGAGCCCAGGAGUUUUCCUUAACGUCGGGGGAUAGACGUAAUCUCUCAAGGUUACCUUUAUGUGCACAGAAGUCCUAGAAUUCUCAAAUUUUAUCUCCUGUCACAUUAAGAGACUAUGCCAGCAGCUCAGGAGGACAGAGGCUGGAUCUGCCUGGAAGAUGGCUGGUCCAAGCCUUUGGGCUGAGUGUGGCCCACCCACCCAGUGAACCCCCAAGUGCACGGUGCAGAUGGCAAGCAGCAGUCGGAGCAGAGCCCACCUGGGGGGCCACACCACACACCCCCUGUGACACACUGGGGUCACUUCUUCAACAGCUAGACUCUCAGACAAGGUUAGUUUCCCCUCCUUUCCUCAAACUGGUUUGGAAAAUGAGUUUCAGAAACAGGACCAACAUUCAUAUGAUGAGAAAGAUUCUCAGGCAAAGGGUUGGGGUUUGACCUGAAUGGGCAAGUGUGGGGAAGAGUGGACGAGAGUCACCAGUGGUCCGUCCACCAGCACCGACAACCUGGAAACUUUGCCCUCGUCACCAGAACCAGGCUGCUUGGUGGCUCGGGCACAUCCAUUCACGGGAAUAGAACUCCAAGAUGCUUUAUCUCCACUUAAGACACGGGGUACCGGUCUUUUAAUAUGCAUUCAAGUUUGUUUCCCAUUUUAGACAGUGGCAGUCUGCAUCCCGGCUGAGCUCUGCUUGGAACCUGGGGAUGUGGUGCCAGGCUGCUUAGGUUCUCCACACCUGCCCCACAGCUGCCUCUCAAGAGCUCAGCUCUCCCCAAGGCCUGGGAAGCUGGCUGUUUGUGCCAGGUCACUGCUGUGCCCAGCCUACUUCCUGCCACUUUUUUGUUACUUUCAGGUCUUUAAAAGUAUUAACUUGUGCAAAAGACCAGACUUUGCCAUAAGCUCCCUUAAGAAACGAGCUCCACGGAAGCAGAGGUAUAUUAAGAAGGCCCUAAGGAUGAACCAAAGAUCACAUUCAUAAAGGGCAAGAACCUGCAGUUAGGAUGUCCCAACCCUGGUGUGAGGCCACAGUUCUGGCUUCUGGCAGAGGCCUGUGCAAAUGGCUCUGGAAUCUGACCAGAGGUAUCAAAGGUACUGAACCCAUUCAGAACAUUUAAGUACCGAGGUUUAAACAUGGGAUCAGGUGUGUGAAAGAUCUUCAUAUGGCCUCUUAGAAGCAAGAGGAGUGCACUUUAGAUAUGUAAAAAUUGGCUCCAAAAAGCCAGUGAACAUAUUCAGUGCCUAAACCCCUAAGAUUCAGAGCUAUGAGUCUGCACUGCUGGAGGACACCCAUAGGCUUGUACCUUGGCACCUGUGCCCCAGUGACCGUUCCAGCUCAGCCUGGGGAAUUCAGUGCACCUCCCAGCUGGGCUUACUCACAGGCAGUAAGCUGUAUAGUGUUUCACAUAAAGACUCCACAAGAAAGGGGACACUGUCUUUAAUAAAGUUGGAAUUAAAAAGUCACUUAGUAAAA